AUGUAUAUUAUUAAUGUAAAAAUUAAUUUCAUAGCUGACUUUGCCUCCAAAUUCAAGACAUUAAUUGUUUCUAUGACGAGUCUUCAUCAUGAAACAAAAACUAGAAAUGAUUCAAUUCUAACAGUUCUUAUUGAUGCAACACAUUGGAAGGUUGAAAAUAUGAAAGCUUUAUCAUUGACUAUUGAUUAAGUUAAUCCAAUUUUUUUGCCAAACGACAAUAAUCCUUAAAGAAAUGAAUAAAUGAAAUUGGACAUUGAGUACGAGACUAAUAUAUAAUUAUAGAAAUUUAUAUUUUAAAUAUUAGGUAGUCAGGAAAAAGAAUAGAAAUGAGAGAAUAAGAAUUGUGUUAUUUUUUAACAGCAGAAUGGGGUAUGAAAUUGCCAGAAGAAGGAAAAAUACAAUAAAACAAUACUUUAUAUCAAUUAUGA